CUUUUCUUUGCUAGGAGUUUGCAAGAGUUCUCACUGUCCUUUGGGAAUGCCAGAAGAUCCUCCGGCCUACGGCAGAUGUGCAGAUGGCUGCCAGAACCAAAUGUCUUUUGACCCAAAUAGAAAAUUUUGAACUGGAAGUAGGACAGAAGAAUGGCAAAGUGUCAGGGACUCCCUGGCCUGGGGCCUGCUCUAGUUAGUGAUAGCAUAUAUAAGUUGCUGUUGAAAGGCAAACGCUCCUGAGAAACGUCCAUAUCUUCAGGACGAAUUAGAGAGACACCAAAAGCAUUUUCUAAGAACAGGAGAAGAUGGAGAACCUUUUGAUGGUGCUGUUGUUUGCCAUGGUCCUCCUGACAGCCCCCUGCUGUUGCGAAGCAGAUACAAACCGGGCCAUCGAUGAAGGGAUCAAGAUAAAGCGGGAAGUAGCCAGUGCCUUUGUGAGAAGGCAGAAGCGGUCAUAUCCAUAUUAUGAAAGGUACUAUGAGAGGUUCAAGUCCCCCAUGGAGAUGAAGCAAGAGCAAUGCGAAAACUAUGCACCCUGUGACUACUAUUCCGAAGUUGUGGGCUUUCAUGCAGCCUACAGCCAUUUCUUUGGACAUGUCUAAAACUGGACUUUUUCUUCAUGUACUUACCUGGCAGGGACACCUGCGGGGGCAAAUCCAAUUGGGGAAGGGGCAGGGGGAAGCAAGAGGUUGAGCAGGGGAAGGGAAAUAGCAGGCUGGACGCCAGGCAUUUGGCUAACAUUUACACAACUGUUUCUCCCCAUUUGCAAAAAAAUAAAAAAAUGUAGUACUUCUUUCUUCUAAGGAGGGUUUUUUUUUGCCCACAAUUGGAUAGUGGCUGCCUUGUUGGUAGAGAAAUGAAUCCACUCUAGGUUUUAGUACAAACUUUAAAUACAAGGUAUAGUGUCUGUUUUGGAGAUGGGAGUGAGUACCUUGGAUUACUCUGUUGAAAUCUGGGUUAAAAUUCCGAGUGGAUUUGCUACUUUGUUGACAUGGAAACUGCUGAGUUAUUAACCCAUGAGCCACAGCAUUUGCUGGAGAGUCAUUGCCAUUCUGUGAGAAGAAGAGCAGGUAGGGUGGAUCAGAUAGAACUGGGCCAAGCAACCACCAACCCUUUAAUUGUUCUGAAUGACAACUUUCAUCAGUUUAUAUUUUAUACUUUAAAAUAUAUUUUUAUUUUUAUUGUUGACCCCAAUCCCCCUUCCCCCGGACAUAAAAUGUAUACAAUAAACUACAGAAAUUACAUUUGAAA